AUGGAGCUCUGGAACUCCUCCCUGGGAAGCAGCUUCAUCUUGGUGGGGAUUCUGAAUGACAGUGGGUCUCCUGGGCUGCUCUGCGCCACAGUCGCCGUCCUGUACAUGCUGGCCCUGACCAGCAAUGGCCUGCUGCUCCUGGUCAUCUCAGUGGAUGCCCGGCUCCACGCGCCCAUGUACCUGCUGCUCGGGCAGCUGUCCCUCAUGGACCUCCUGUUCACGUCUGUCGUCACUCCCAAGGCCCUCGUGGAUUUUCUGCUGGGGGAGAGCACCAUCUCCUUUGGGGGCUGUGCCCUUCAGAUGUUCCUGGUACUGACCCUGGGUGGUGCAGAGGGCCUCCUACUGGCUUUCAUGGCCUAUGACAGGUAUGUGGCCAUUUGCCAUCCUCUGAACUACAUGGUCCUCAUGAGGCCACAGAUCUGUUGGCUCCUGGUGGCCACAUCUUGGAUCCUGGCAUUCCUGAAUUCUGUGAUACACACCUCAUAUACUAUGCAUUUGCCUUUCUGCACGUCCCGGGCUAUCAGGCACCUGCUCUGUGAGGUCCCGCCCUUGCUAAAGCUGGCCUGCGCGGAUACCUCUGGAUAUGAGUUCAUGGUAUAUGUGUCAAGUGCAACUUUUCUCAUGCCUGCCCUCGCUGCUAUCCUUGGCUCCUAUACAUCUGUCCUAGCUGCUGUCCUCCGCAUGUCCUCAGGCGAGGGAAGGCAGAAAGCCCUCGUCACCUGCUCUUCUCAUCUGACGGUGGUGGGGAUGUACUACGGAGCUGCCAUGUUCAUGUACCUCCAGCCCAGUUCCUAUCAUAGUCCCCAACAGGACAACAUCCUCUCUGCAUUUUAUAUUAUCGUUACUCCAGUACUGAACCCUCUCACCUACAGUCUUAGAAACAAGGAGAUAACGGGGGCCUUCAGGAGGGUGCUGGGGAGACUGCCUUUUGUUCAGGGGUGGUAG